AUGUCUCGUCGAAAGCAAGCGAAACCCCAGCAUCUCAAAUCGGACGAAGAGCUGCAAGCGGAGGUAGUUUCCGAGCACGCAGUCCCGGGGGAAGGAGCAGACGAUGGUGACAGCGGGAACGAAAGCAGGAGCGGAAGUGAAGAAACCAAUGUUUGUGAGAAGUGCUGUGCGGAGUUCUUCAAGUGGACGGACUUCCUGGAGCACAAGAAGAGCUGCACAAAAAACCCCCUGGUGCUGAUCGUGAAUGAAGAUGAGGCAGCUCCGCCGCCCGCUGAGGAGUUCCCCGAGCCCUCACCUGCUAGCUCUCCCAGUGACCAGGCAGAGAGUGAAGCUGCUGAGGAAGGUGUCCAGCCGGAAAACAGCGAGAGCUCUGAAGUGAAGAGCACGGAAAAGGAAGAAGAGCCAAUGGAGGUAGAAACUGCGGAGAAAAGUUUCCAGAAUCAAGGCACCUCAAACACAGCUACUCCUCUACCUCAGCUCCCUGAACCGUCGCCUAUGACAAGCUAUGCCAUGCCAAACACGAAUGUCACACUGGAGACUCUGCUGAGCACUAAAGUGGCGGUCGCACAGUUCUCGCAGAGCGCGCGGUCAGCCGCCUCCGCCAGCAUCAGCAGCGGGGUGACGGCUGUGGCCAUCCCCAUGAUCCUGGAGCAGCUCAUGGCCCUGCAGCAGCAGCAGAUCCACCAGCUGCAGCUGAUUGAGCAGAUCCGCAGCCAGGUGGCCAUGAUGAACCGGCAGCCCCUGCGGCCGGCCCUUAACCCGGUGGUGGCCGCACCAGGAGUGGUGGGGCAAGCCUCAAACCAGCUGCAGGGCUUUGCCACGAGCGCUGCCAUCCAGCUCACCGCCGUCCUUCCUCCCGCCAUCAUGGGACAGGCUGCUGGUGCUCAGCCCCCUGCCUUCGACGGCUCUCAGCACGUCUCAAGACCUACGUCUGGAGCGAGCACACCCAAUAUAUCCAGCAGUGGCUCCUCUGCCCCUCCAGAAUCUAGCGUACCCUGCUCUUCUAAUGCGAUUACAUCUGUAACACCUGUUUCAGUGUCAAACACGAGUAUCAGUGCUUCGCAGCCCCAGAACGCUUCAACUCCACCUUCCAUAGGACAUGGAAGCCUCGCCUCGAUUUCUAACCUGCCAAACCCACUUCUACCUCAGACUUCCUCAAAUAGUGUGAUCUUCCCUAAUCCUCUUGUUAGCAUCGCAGCAACAGCUAAUGCACUAGAUCCUCUGUCUGCCCUCAUGAAGCACCGCAAAGGGAAGCCACCAAAUGUGUCAGUGUUCGAGCCCAAGUCAAGCUCCGAGGAUCCCUUUUUUAAACACAAAUGCCGAUUUUGUGCCAAGGUCUUUGGAAGUGACAGUGCUUUACAAAUCCACCUCCGCUCGCACACAGGGGAAAGACCUUUUAAAUGCAACAUAUGUGGAAAUCGCUUUUCCACAAAAGGCAACCUGAAAGUACAUUUUCAGAGGCAUAAAGAGAAAUAUCCCCACAUUCAGAUGAAUCCCUAUCCUGUUCCAGAAUACCUCGAUAAUGUGCCCACUUGUUCUGGUAUCCCAUACGGGAUGUCGCUGCCCCCUGAAAAGCCUGUCACAACGUGGUUAGACAGCAAACCUGUUCUGCCGACCAUUCCAACUUCCAUUGGGCUCCAGCUGCCCCCCACGAUCCCUGGUGUGAACAGUUACGGAGAUUCUCCAAGCAUCACUCCCAUGAGCAGGUCACCUCAGAGGCCUUCUCCUGCUUCCAGCGAAUGCACUUCCUUAUCUCCAAGCCUCAACACAUCUGAGUCAGGUGUCCCAGUGUCUGCUGAAUCCCCGCAGCCCGUUCAGAGCAGCUCGUCCCUGACCAAGGCAGAACCCAUCAGUCUGCCUCCCACAAGUACGCGGCUUGGGGACCAUUCUGUAAGUGGACAAGUUUCCACAGCUUCCACGUCUUCAAUUCCAACCAUUGUUACGGACAGCAGUGUUUCGACAAGCCUCCCAAACCCUGUGCUUCCAACUAUGUCUGACCAGUUUAAGGCAAAGUUUCCAUUUGGUGGUCUGCUAGAUUCUAUGCAAACAUCAGAAACCUCAAAACUACAGCAGCUAGUAGAGAACAUUGAUAAGAAGAUGACAGAUCCAAAUCAAUGCGUCAUUUGUCACCGUGUGCUUAGUUGUCAGAGUGCUCUCAAGAUGCAUUACAGAACACAUACAGGAGAAAGACCAUUUAAAUGCAAAAUUUGUGGACGUGCCUUUACUACCAAAGGCAAUCUAAAAACGCAUUUUGGAGUUCAUCGAGCAAAGCCACCACUUAGAGUACAGCACUCAUGUCCCAUUUGUCAGAAGAAAUUUACAAAUGCAGUUGUUCUUCAGCAGCAUAUUCGUAUGCAUAUGGGUGGGCAGAUUCCUAACACGCCAUUACCAGAGGGCUUCCAGGAUGCCAUGGACUCAGAACUCUCCUAUGACGAGAAGAACAUUGACACGUUGAGCAACUUCGAUGAUGACAUUGAUGAAAAUUCUAUGGAAGAGGACCCAGAGUUAAAGGACAUGGCAAGCGACUCAGCAAAACCCCUUAUCUCUUACUCUGGGUCAUGUCCUUCCUCACCGCCUUCUGUGAUCUCCAGUAUCGCUGCUUUGGAGAAUCAAAUGAAAAUGAUUGAUUCUGUCAUGAACUGUCAGCAGCUGACCAGUUUAAAAUCCAUAGAAAAUGGAUCAGGGGAAAGUGACCAUUUGAGCAAUGACUCCUCAUCGGCUGUUGGUGAUCUCGAAAGCCAGAGUGCAGGCAGCCCUGCAAUGUCAGAGUCUUCUUCCUCCAUGCAAGCUUUGUCUCCUGUAAAUAGUAACAGUGAAAGUUUUAGAUCAAAGUCCCCAGGUCUCAGCAACCAGGAAGAACCACAAGAAAUACAAUUAAAGACUGAAAAACCAGACAGCCCACCACCUGCAACUGAAAAUGGAGGCGCGUUAGAUCUGACAUCCACCAACCCUGGAAGACCGGUCAUCAAAGAGGAGGCUCCUUUUAGCCUGCUGUUCCUGAACAGAGAACGUGGUCCCAGCCAAAGUACUCCUAGCCUGGUCACCAGUACAGCGCCUACCAUGAUCAAAAUGGAAGUGAAUGGUCACAGCAAGCCGAUCUCUUUGGGUGAGGUUCCCUCGCUUCCAGCUGGAAUCCAGGUUCCUGCUGCACCACAGACAGUGAUGAGUCCGGGGAUCACCCCCAUGCUGGCACCCCCCCCUCGCCGCACUCCCAAGCAGCACAACUGUCAGUCUUGUGGGAAGACCUUCUCCUCAGCAAGCGCACUGCAGAUACACGAGCGCACCCAUACUGGUGAAAAACCGUUUGGUUGCACAAUCUGUGGUAGAGCUUUUACCACAAAGGGGAAUCUUAAGGUUCACAUGGGAACGCACAUGUGGAAUAAUGCACCUGCACGCCGUGGCCGUCGCCUCUCCGUGGAAAACCCCAUGGCUUUGCUGGGUGGUGAUGCACUGAAGUUCUCUGAAAUGUUCCAGAAGGAUUUGGCAGCUCGAGCCAUGAACGUUGACCCCAGUUUUUGGAACCAAUAUGCUGCAGCUAUCACAAAUGGACUUGCCAUGAAGAACAAUGAGAUUUCUGUCAUACAGAACGGAGGCAUUCCCCAGCUCCCAGUAAGUCUUGGUGGAGGUGCCAUCCCACCUCUAAGCAACCUUACCAGUGGCAUGGACAAAGCUCGCACAGGCAGCAGCCCUCCCAUUGUUGGUUUGGACAAAGCAAGUUCUGAAACUGGAGCCAGUCGUCCAUUCACCAGAUUUAUUGAGGAUAAUAAAGAGAUUGGCAUAAAUUAA